UCGAACUAUUUUUGUGCCGAAAAAAAAAUUAUUUGAAGCUAAGCAACUUUGUCACGAUUAUGCGCUGGGAAAUGAACCAGAAGAUUUGACAAAAAAAGAUAUUAUUUAUGCGAAGAAACUUUACGACAGUUCCUUUCAUCCCGAUAAUGACGAACUGAUGAAUCUCCUUGGUAGAAUGUCGUUUCAAUUUCCUGGUAACGCCAUUCUACUCAUGACAAUGAUGACUUUUUACAAGUAUAAACAAAUGAUUGUUAAUAUUUAUCUAAAUGAAAUUGACCUCGCAUAUUUUACUCUUCUUUAGAUCUACAGCUGCACUCUUAAGCUUGCAAUUAAUUAAUCAGGCGUUUACUACUAUCGUUAACUAUACAAACAGAAAUAUAAAAGCCAAUGAGAUAAACGAAUCUGAAAAUGAUACCACAGUAGAAGCCUUUAUAUGCAGCAGUGCUGCUAGCUGCAUGACGGUUCUUGGAUUGAAGAAAAUGUUUGUCUGCAGAGGACCAAUAUUCACGCGACUGAUUCCAUUGGGAGGAUUAACGAUUGGAAAUUUGGUUAAUUUUGCUGUUAUCCGACGAAAAGAAAUUAGCAAAGGAAUUCCUGUAUGGGUUAUUCAUGAAGAUCAUUUAAUGAAUUCAAAAGUUGCUGCGAUUAAAGCAGUCUCUGAAUGCUUUUUUACUAGAACGUUAACUGUGACUCCAACAAUGAUUAUGAUUCCAAUUGCUGCAGAGUAUAUAAAAGGAACGUGUUUCUAUUAUCGUUGUCCAUGGAUCUUAUUACCGAUCAAGCUGAGCUUAUGUCUUGUUUCUUUGCUAGUGAUGAUUCCCUCGGCACUGGCAUUAUUUCCACUGUGCAAUUCUAUGAAACCAGAUUUAAUGAAGAUAUAUCCACUAGAGUAUAGUGAAUUUAAAGAGAAGAUCGGAAAGGAAGAACUGCCGGAUAGAAUUUACUAUGACAAAGGAUUGUGAUGUGACAUUAAAUAAC